GCUUGCAGGAAGCAGUGCCUUGAGUUUGAAUCGGUAUGAAGCGUAUGAAGGGUAUGAAUAACCAAAGGCGUUCCGGAUGAGCGUAAAGUGUGUGACGAGAUUAGAAGGAAUUAUUUAGCCAAAGAAGCCGUAAAAAUUGUAAAUUAAAAUGCUUUUAUCGUUGAAAGAUGACCAUAAACAACAUAUAUCAUUAUUAAUUUCUCAACCCACUAACGUUUUGCAGGAUUUCUGCAGAUUGGCCUUAGAUUAUCUACGGAAAGGUCCAACCCCUAAAUUGUACCAAACAGCAGCCCAAAAACUUGACGUUCAACCAGAGAUAAUUCGAAAUGCAGUUGAAGGUUUGGUAAACUUACUUGUAGAGAGUUGUAGGCACCAGCUGAGUGAUAUUGAUUUCCAUGACACUGUCCUGACACUGGGAUUCAGUGAAGAACACCAGGAAACAUUGGAGUCAUUCUAUAGGGGGAAGAAACAGGAGAUCUAUGAUGUACUAUCUCAGCUGACUUUGGAUCAACCUCAUUACCAUGAUUUGGAGUGGAGAUUUGAAGUUCAGGUAGCAUCACGAGCCCUGCAGCACCAGGUGACACCACUGAUCACUAUGAAUCUGGCACUAGAAACCAAAACAGGGCUUGCCAGUGACAGUACCACCACAAAAAAUAUUGUUCUGCAGACAGAUCCUACAAACCUGGUACACAUCACACAAGUGCUGGAAGAGGCGUUACAGGAGAGUAGGAGUCAGCAUUCACGACGGAUACAACGCAGCUUUAAGUAGUCUCUGUGGUUUGUUAUCUGUGAUCAUUCUUAUGAGAAUGGACAUCAUAAGUACUGUUUUCUGUUUAUGGGAUAAGUAAGUUAAUUUGGAGGUUUUGUUUUGCUCUAAGCUGGUAACAGUGUUAUGAUUGACACUGAAGUUAUAUAAGCAGACAGUUAUGUUUCACCCUCUCACUAGCAAGCCUUGUGCUGCACGCUAUGCAAGAAUUGGCAAAGUGUUCUCAUGCAGAUUGAAUACCAUUUACAAGAGAGAGCUCUGUGACCAUAAUAAGAAGCAGAAAGUAUUGAAAUUUGUAUGGUUUGCAUAGUUUUACCAUUACUUAGUACUGAUCUAGAUGGAUUAUGUUUCAUAGGGAAACAAUGUCUAGGCACGGUCUUAUGUCGGAUUGUGACAGGCCUGGAAGAACCUGCCUCAACAACUCAAUUAUUUCAUCAGUAUACACAAUCAACAGGGUUUCUUUUAUACUUGCACAGAAUGUGGCAUGGGAGGUAUUUUUGUUUGAUAUCUUUGUUGAAAAUCCAUCACUCAGUACAUGAGAACUUUGAAAUUAAUUUCAUUAAUGAUGAUAUGUAACUUUAUCGUGCAACAAUAAGUUGUAGUACAAACCUCUGUUCUUCUCUUUUACUCCUCUGGUUUGUAACUACAUUAGCAAUCUUGUCAUCAUACAGGAACCAUAGCAUUUGGCCAAGAGGCUGAUGAUGGUUUUGUUUUCUAAAUGUAUAUGUUUAUUUUUAUCCAGAUUCUUCCCCCCCCCCCCAUUUCUCUUUAUCCUUGUAACAGGCCAUAGAGGCCGAAAUGGUUGUGGGAUAUUGAGGGUCCACAUUAUCUAGACAGUCAGCUCACAGAUGACAUUUUGGUUAGCCCCACAAGCCAGCCACCCUUUACC